GACUAACUGGUACGAACACUAUGACUAAUUUCCAAUCCUGUGAAACACAACCACGUCACUUUCAAAUCGGAAGAUAUGGUAGAAACUUGUUUGGGCUGAUCAGGCACUUGUUAGGGUUUCACUCUUGUUCUUCUGCUGCCCCUCACUGGUUCGUUCCUUCUUCUGAACCGCUCGCCGUCGAGUCACAGACCGUCGUCCUCGGCCACCGUCACGAGUCGCGCGCCGUCGCCGUCGUCGUCUACGGCAAGUUGGGAGGAGAAGCUGCGCCGUCGCCCUGCACUGUUUUGUUUCAACCUGGGAAAGGGAAUCAUGUGAGGAAUCAGCAAGCUUUGGGAAGAAGAUAACUUUUGUUUGCAUUCACAGAGAGCCAUGGCUUUCAACCUCACACACUCUACACUACCUUCUUCUUCUUCUUCUUCUUCCAUUUCACACCAUUUUCAUGUUCAUACUCUUUCAAAACCUCUUUUUCUUACACACUCCAAAAUCUCAACCUCUCUAAUCUCCAAAACCCUUUGUCUUUGUGCUUCACCAUUCAACACCACCCAACCUUCACCAACCCCAUUUUCCUCCCAUAUCUCCAACAAGAACAUGAACCAGAAGAACAAGAGGUCAUAGAAACAAUAGAAGAAGUAGAAGAAGAAGCUCGUGACCCAGAUGAUCCAAUCUACAAAUUCUUCAAAACCCGCACUAGGAUUUCCUUCCAAGACCCGGGAAAAGAAGGAAGGUUGUCGCUUCAGAAGAACCGUCGCAUAUCAUGGCACCUUGCUUCUGACACCAGUGACCUUGUUGAAGAAGAAUCUGUAACGGGUUUGGAGGAUGGUUCCUUGGUUGAAGAAAAGAAAGAAAGGGUGUGUGAGAAAAAGGGUUUGCCUUUACCUGAGGGGAUUGUGGGAGAGAUUGUUCAGAUUGCAAGGAACUUGCCUCAGAAUCUUACUCUGGAAGAGGGUUUGGUUGAAUACGAAGGAAGGGUUAGUGAGAAAGAUUGUUGGGAGGUUUUGAAAUCACUUGGGGAGGAGCACCUUCUGGUGUCUUGUUUGUAUUUCUUUCAGUGGAUGAGGUCGCAGGAACCUUCACUGGUUACACCUCGGGCUUGCACUGUGUUGUUUCCUUUGUUGGGGAAGGCGAGGAUGGCUGAUAAGUUGAUAGUUUUGUUCUCAAACUUACCGUCCACCAAGGAGUUCAGAGAUGCUCAUGUUUACAAUGCUGCAAUUUCAGGCCUUCUUUCUAGUGGCAGGUAAAAUAUUCUU